CGACGUCCCACCGGCUGUCUGCGCUCAGUGUGAAGAGGGGCGGGUAGGCUGCCGGGUUAACUCAACGCUCAGUACAAAGUCACCAGAAGCCACCAGCAAACAUGGCCAAGCCACUCACAGACCAGGACAAGAGGAAGCAGAUCUCGGUCCGCGGACUAGCCGGGGUGGAGAACGUCGCGGACCUGAAAACUAAUUUCAACCGGCACCUCCACUUUACCCUGGUGAAAGACCGGAACGUGGCCACCAAACGGGACUACUACUUUGCCCUGGCAAACACGGUCCGGGACUACCUGGUGGGCCGCUGGAUCCGGACGCAGCAGCAUUACUAUGAGAAAGACCCGAAACGUGUCUACUACCUCUCCCUGGAGUUUUACAUGGGCCGAACUCUGCAGAACACCAUGGUUAACCUGGCUUUGGAGAACGCCUGCGACGAAGCCACAUACCAGCUGGGUCUGGACAUGGAGGAGCUGCAGGACAUCGAGGAAGAUGCUGGUCUAGGCAACGGCGGGCUGGGUCGUCUGGCUGCGUGUUUCCUGGACUCCAUGGCCUCUCUGGGUCUGGCUGCUUAUGGAUACGGCAUCCGUUAUGAGUUUGGCAUCUUCAAUCAGAAAAUCGUAAACGGCUGGCAGGUGGAAGAAGCUGACGACUGGCUGCGUUACGGUAACCCCUGGGAGAAGGCUCGCCCUGAGUACAUGCGCCCGGUCCACUUCUACGGGAGAGUGGAGCACACAGCCGACGGAGUGAAGUGGGUCGACACACAGGUGGUCCUGGCUCUUCCCUAUGACACCCCAGUCCCCGGCUACAGGAACAACAUUGUCAACACCAUGAGACUGUGGUCCGCUAAGGCCCCGUGUGACUUUAACCUCAAAGAUUUUAACGUCGGCGGCUACAUUCAGGCUGUGCUGGACAGAAACCUGGCUGAGAACAUCUCCAGGGUUCUCUACCCCAACGACAACUUCUUUGAAGGGAAGGAGCUGCGUCUGAAGCAGGAGUACUUUGUCGUAGCAGCAACUCUUCAAGACAUCAUCCGUCGAUUCAAAGCCUCCAAGUUUGGCUCCACAGAGUUUGUGCGUCUUGACCUUUCUACGCUGCCAGACAAGGUGGCCAUCCAGCUGAAUGACACCCACCCUGCUAUGGCCAUCCCUGAGCUGAUGAGGAUCCUGGUGGACAUGGAGAAACUCAGCUGGGAGAAGGCCUGGGACAUUGUGGUUCGUACCUGUGCCUACACCAACCACACCGUCCUGCCCGAAGCCCUGGAGCGCUGGCCCAUCGACCUCUUCCAAAACCUCCUGCCUCGUCACCUGGAGAUCAUCUACGAGAUCAACCGGAGGCACCUGGAGCGCAUCACCAAGCUUUACCCUGGAGAUCUUGACCGCUUGCGCCGAAUGUCCCUGAUCGAGGAAGGGGACGUCAAGAAGAUCAACAUGGCUCACCUGUGCAUUGUGGGAUCUCACGCUGUCAAUGGAGUGGCCCGCAUCCACUCUGAAAUCAUCAAAAACACUGUGUUCAAGGAUUUCUAUGAAACCGACCCUCAGAAGUUUCAGAACAAGACCAAUGGCAUCACACCCAGGCGCUGGCUGGUCAUGUGCAACCCUGGCCUGGCUGAGGUCAUCGCAGAGAGGAUUGGUGAAGACUACAUCCGCGACCUGGACCAGCUGAAGCAGCUUCUGGAAUUUGUGGACGAUGACUCCUUCAUUCGGGAUGUUGCCAAAAUCAAACAGGAGAACAAGAUGAAGUUUGCUGCGUAUCUUGAAGAGCACUACAAUGUGAAGAUCAACCCCAACUCCAUGUUUGAUGUCCAUGUGAAGAGGAUCCACGAGUACAAGAGACAGCUGCUCAACUGCCUGCACAUCAUCACACUGUACAACCGAAUCAAGAAGGAACCCAACAAGUCAUGGACCCCAAGGACUAUCAUGAUUGGUGGAAAGGCAGCUCCAGGUUACCACACUGCCAAGAUGAUCAUCAAGCUGAUCACAUCCAUUGGAGACAUCGUCAAUAACGACCCUGUGGUUGGAGAUCGCCUCAAAGUCAUCUUCCUGGAGAACUAUCGGGUGACUCUGGCUGAGAAGGUCAUCCCUGCAUCUGACCUGUCAGAGCAGAUCUCCACGGCGGGCACUGAGGCCUCUGGCACCGGAAACAUGAAGUUCAUGCUGAACGGAGCCCUCACCAUCGGCACCAUGGACGGAGCCAACGUGGAAAUGGCAGAGGAAGCUGGAGAGGAGAACCUCUUCAUCUUCGGCAUGAGGGUGGAAGAUGUGGAGGCUCUGGACAAGAAGGGCUAUGACGCUGUGUCGUACUACAACCGUAUCCCUGAGCUGAAGCAGGCAAUGGACCAGAUAUCUGGAGACACCUUCAGCCCCGGCCAGCCCGACCUGUUCAAAGACCUUGUCAACAUGCUGAUGCACCACGACAGGUUCAAGGUGUUUGCCGACUAUGAAGACUACAUCAAAUGUCAAGAGAAAGUCAGCGCACUCUAUAAGAACCCUAAAGAGUGGACCAAGAUGGUGAUCCAUAACAUCGCCGGCUGUGGUAAAUUCUCCAGUGACCGCACCAUCUCCCAGUAUGCCAGGGAGAUCUGGGGCAUGGAGCCCAGUUUGGAGAAGAUCGCCGCUCCUGAUGAUCCUCGCUAAACCUUAUCUGCCUCUCCCCCACCUCACUGUAGCCCACCAUGUGGUCUGACCACUGGUGAAUACCCCUGUAGCUUUUUCACUGUGUACUGUGGCAUUGUUUCUUUACAUCACUGACCUCUGUACAACCUCUAUUACUUCCUGUUCAUCCUGCACCAACAUGUAUUGAAAUGGGCUUAUUCAGAAUCUGUAUUUUUUUUCCUCUGUGCACCAGCAAUGCAUACUGUCACUGUUGAGUGAAAACCUUGUAACUCCACGUCAGCCUUUCAGCAGCUAAGAGAAAGCCUUGAAUUACUUUGGAAUCAUGGGAUUCUUCAGUUGUAGUAAAAGCAUUAAAGACGUACUUCCUUAUUUUGUUAGACUAUAUCUUUAAUCCAACUCAGAAUCCCGUACUACAGUUUUCACACAGCAGUGAUUUGAACCACAGUUGACCCUUCCUAAACCCCGCCCCUUUUUGGAACCUCUGUCAACUUCCUCCUUCCCUGUACAUAAAUGUGCUAUGAGCUGUGCUCGUCUUUAUUUAAAAGACAACCACAUUUUGAAGAUGGUUGAAAGUUAAAAGCGACAUAUAGUCAAAUCUGAAGUUAUCUAAUGUUAGCAAAAUGCUAUCUAACUUGUUUUUCUAACAUUAGCUAACUUAAGAUGAUAAAAGACCUAGAUAGAUAGCCAACUACCUAGCAAAUUUACUUUAAUCAUUAGCUGGCUAGUUUAAUGAUCGCUAAACACUAGCUAAUAAGCUAGUUAAUUGAGCUAGUUUGCUAACAUUGGCUAACUUCAGAUUUGACUAUAUGUCGCUUUUAACUUUCAACCAUCUUCAAAAUGUGGUUGUAUUUUAAAUAAAGACGAGCACAGCACAUAGCACAUUUAUGUACAGGGGAGGAGGAAGUUGACCGAGGCUUGCUCAACUGUUAUUGGAGCACAGAGCAAAAAGGGGCGGUACUUAGGAACGGUGAAUUCUAACUACAUUCCCCUUCUACUUCUGAGCCAGUAUGGCUACAAAAACCCAGCAAAUAUGCCAUUAAACCUCAGCACUGUUAUGGUUUUAAACCAACCCAUGUCUUCCAAUGAAGAGAGGGGACACACAGUGGGUAACAUGCACCACAGCCUCGCUGCAGCACUGUGAGUGGAUGGUGUUGGAAGGAAGCCAUGCCUCCAUAUUCACUGCAGAUUAAUGUUCUUAUUAAUAUUUCAUUUUCAAAGACUGCUCUGUCAGUGUUUUAUGGUGUUUGCUGAGUAUAUCCGUUUGUGUGUGUGUAUUAUCAUUAAUGGUCAGGGGAGCCGUGCGAUGCUGAUGUAUUGACGCACCAGUUUAUCUGUGACCUCCUCAGCAUGUUUGUGUCUCAUUCUACUGUACUCUGUUCCUAAAAGUGGCCUGUGUUAGAAAUUAACAAAGCCUUCUCUGCCUAAAACCUAAGUGACUGAAUUUAUCUUUGGAAGGUGUGUGUAUUCUGUGUAGUUUGUUUGUGUGUAUAACAUAGAGUCCAUUGCACUGUGCGUAUCAGUUCGAUUGAUGUACUGUAACGACAUACUGUCCUGCUUCAGCUCCUGCAUAUGACUGUCUGUCUGACUGCUGUGGUGCCAGCUGCAGAAACACCUGUCCACUCCAUUGAACCUCAGUCAGUGCUUUUCUUUUUUUUGGUCAAUAAAUGACAAAACUACUUCAACAA